UGAUGAAGUGCCGUACUGUUACAUUCUGUAUUCUAAGCGUACAAAAAUGAAGUUCAUUUUCGUUGUUGCUAUUGUCAGCGUAUUUCUGCAGAUUUUACCUGUUUAUGGUCAUGUAGACCUUGACGAGAUAUUCCGUGCACGUGAAGACCACACUUGGUAUACUUCAUAUUUCGAUUAUGAGUUGCGUAAGCAAUUCAUGAGGCGAAUAGUCACAAUUGUACGUUCAUGGAUGCAAUGCAGAAAAGUAUUUGCUUUACCCCUUAAUGAAUCAAUGGACAUUUUUGAAAAUCCUCCCGUGGGUGACGAACGCUAUGUGAAGAGAACAGCUAAAUGUCUUGCGGACUGUACUAUGCGCAAAGAUGGCGUGAUGUCUGAUGACGGCCUUGACGAGGCAAAAUAUAUUGUACAAAUCAUGCAACUUCGGUACAAUUACACAACAUUCGAUAUUAUGAAAAAAUCGAGUGAAGAGAAAGAGAAGAUAUGGGAUACGAUAUCGAAACGAGCAAGCCUUUUGACAAGUUACGAAAUGCGACCUAAUGACCUCUACCGUCAUUUUAAGUGCAGAAAUAUGAGUCCAUUUCGUAACCAUUGCUACGACCUCAUACGGUCCUAUGUACAGGCUGUGCGUAACUGCAAGAACUUAAAGGAUCCUAAAGACGAUGACUGUGAAACGUCUUGGAUGAUUAUGCGGUGCAUAAUGGAGGAGAAUCGGAAACGAAGCUUUGACGGUCCUUUUUAUCCGAUUCGACUAUUGAACUAUUAUCAAGACCAUACUGAAACGAUCGAGAAUUAGCGCGCAAUCAAAAUCGCGUGUGAGUAUUUUCGGGCUAAGCUAAGUUUUUUUUUUCACCUAUUCAGUUGAACCUGUCAAAUUAGCCCCUGUCACAACAGUCACGGGCAAUUUAUUUUCAUUCAAAAAUCAUUUUUUUGUGUGAAUUCAGAUUUCAUUUUGUAACUUCACCUUAUCAAAAAAGAAGAAGAGGAAGAAGUAAAGAAGUUAUAAACUCUAGAAUUAAAAGAACAAGUCUUCAAGCAUAAUUCACAUCAUUUUUAAUGUAUAACGUAUUGGGGUACAUUUAACCCGAAAGUCCCUUUUCCAUUUGUAAGAAUUAAAUUUGUAAAGAAGUCUAGUGACGCGAAAGUAAUGUAAACGUUUACAUGAUACGUUUCUCGUUUUCUUUUUUUCUUCUUCUUUAACUCUGUGUUAUUGUUAGGAAAUCUAUUCUGUAACAGACUUAUAUGUAUACGUUUUUUUUGGCUUCUUUCAUACAAUUUCUUAUUUUAUUGUUAUUCAAGAGUUUUACCAAGUUUUUCUUUUACAUUUUAUGGUUAAAUUACACUCAAAGGACGAGAUUAAAAAUUAAAAUUUUUUGCUUCAA